GUGAUGACAAUCCCCGUUUCCACUCUGAUGCACUUUGGAUGAUUUUUUAUCUCAAACCCACUGGAACCUCACACAUCUGUUCUAAAUACCAUUAGAUCGGACAUCCAUGUCUCCUUCAGCAACCAUUGAAACACCGGCGUCGAAGCCAUCACAAGUGCAGUCCAUGGGUCAAACCAAAGACGGGCGGAACUUGAAGAUCAGAAGCUAUCCCAAGUUCAAAACUUUGGAAGAAGAGCGUAUUUACCGCAAACAGCACCUAGCAGCCGCCUUCCGCGUCUUCGCCGACCGCGGCUUCGAUGAAGGUAUCGCCGGGCACAUUUCGGUGCGCGAUCCCAUUCUGACGGACCACUUCUGGCUCAACCCACUAUCAAUGCACUUCUCCCUCAUCAAAGUACCCGACCUCAUCCUGGUCGACGAAGAGGGCCUAGUAGUCGAAGGCGACGAACCCAUCAACACCGCCGCCUUCACCAUCCACUCAGCCAUCCACCGGUCUCGACCCGACGCCAACGCCGCCUGUCACGCGCACAGCGUGCACGGUAAGGCGUUCUCAGUCUUUGGGCGGGAACUUGAGAUGAUCACGCAGGAUUCCUUGCGAUUCUACAAAGCGCACUCCGUGUACAGAAAUUUCGGGGGCGUGGUCGUGGAUCGCGAGGAAGGUGAACGGAUUGCUCAGGCGCUGGGUAGUAGCAAGGCGGUUAUUUUGCAGAAUCAUGGGUUAUUGACUGUGGGAGAGUCAGUUGAUGAGGCGGCGUUUUGGUUCAUUAGUUUGGAUAAGACUUGUCAUGCGCAGUUGCUUGCGGAUGCGGCUUCUGCGGCGGGAUAUAAGAAGCAGUUGAUUUCGGAUGAAGAGGCGGAGUGCGGUGUUCAAGAGGUGGGAGGCCCCGCGAAGGGGUGGUUGGCAUUUCAGCCGUAUUAUGAUGAGCAGGUGGCCAAGACGGGAGGGGCAUUCUUGAAGUGAUAUGUACUUGUUUGCGGGCUUGUAGCUGCCAAAUACUAUUGGGCCCUGACUAAUUUGUUAUCAAGCAAGCUUAGCGUAGUAUUUGGGAAUAUAAUUCUUCACUAUCUGG